CAGCUCGAUCAGCACUCAGCAGUGAAUCCGUGAUUUGGAUAUGAAGGCUCGUAUGAAGGUCUUUUCUCUUCUCCUAGUUUUUUGUGUAGGGAUAUGCUACACUGAAGGAUCAGCAGUAUGUACUGUCCUAAAAACGAGACAAGCGUCAAUUAGUGCUGCUACAACUGUUUACUCUCAGAGCUCUUACAGUAAAAGUUGUGGUUGGUGGUUGUUUAGGUGGUUGUUUAAGAAGAGGUGCACAGCCUAUAAAGCAAGAUCAUCAAUACAGUAUGUAACAAAUUAUGUAACUGAGUACUAUAAAAGUCAAGAGUGCUGCACAGGAUAUAGUGGAACUCCUCCUAAUUGCUCUCCUGUCUGUAAUGAUCCUUGCUCAAACUGUGCCGCUUCUUGUAUUGUUCCUGGUAUAUGUACCUGCAAAUCUGGAUAUACUGGUCAUGACUGUUGUACAGAUAUUAAUGAGUGCUUGUCUUCUAAUGGAGAUUGUGAGCAUCAAUGUCAUAACACUGAUGGUAGUUUUACAUGCUCAUGUCCUACUGGUUUGAGUCUAGUGUCACACACUGCAUGUCAAGAUAUUAAUGAAUGUGCAUCCUCAAAUGGAGGUUGUUCUCAAAUUUGUAAAAAUACUCCUGGAAGUUAUUAUUGUGAAUGUUAUCCUGGAUAUACUCUUGGUAGUGACAGCCACACGUGUAAUGAUAAUGAUGAGUGCAAUGAUAGCACUGAUGCAUGCAGUCAAGUAUGUCAUAACACAGUUGGUAGCUAUGCGUGUAGUUGUAACUCUGGAUAUUCACUUGCUACUAGUGAUCACAGAACAUGUACUGAUAUAAACGAGUGUUUGGAUGGUGAUAAUGGUGGAUGUCAUGGAACUUGCACUAAUACUGUUGGCAGUAGAACUUGUUCUUGUAGCAGUGGAUAUGUACUGACCAAUGGAAAUGAAUGUCCUGAUAAAAAUGAGUGUUCAGUUAGCAAUGGUGGAUGUGCUCAAAACUGUCACAAUACAAUUGGAUCAUUUACAUGUUCUUGUAAUGCUGGCUAUGCAUUGAGUAGUAAUGGAAAAGGCUGCAAUGAUAUUAAUGAAUGCAAUACAAACAAUGGUGGCUGUGAGCAUACCUGCACAAACACAGUUGGUAGUUAUACCUGUUCAUGUAGAACUGGUUACUUGCUCUCCAAUGGGCAUUGUGCAGAUAAAAAUGAAUGCAAUAGCAACAAUGGAGGCUGUAGUACUACUUGCGUCAAUACUGUUGGUGGUUACCAUUGUGAGUGUAAUUCAGGAUACAACCUUCAGAGUAAUGGAAAAACAUGCCAAGAUGUGAAUGAGUGCUCCACUAAUAAUGGAGGCUGUGCUCAGAAUUGUGUCAAUACUGCCGGUAGCUAUCACUGUACUUGUAAUGCUGGCUAUACUUUGUCUGGUAAUGGGAAAACGUGUAAUGAUAAUAAUGAAUGUGGCAAUCAGAAUGGAGGAUGUGACCAAGUGUGUACUAAUACAGUAGGGAGCUUCACCUGUUCAUGUAAUACUGGCUACACACUAUCUAACAAUGGAAGAGACUGCAAUGAUAUAAAUGAAUGCAAUACAAACAAUGGAGGAUGUAUGCAAAAUUGUAUCAACACAGCUGGGAGCUACUACUGUACAUGCAACACCGGGUAUUCACUGGCUAAUAAUCAGCGUGGCUGUCAAAAUAUUAAUGAGUGUAAUCAAGGAAAUGGUGGAUGUGAACAGACUUGUACUGACUCUAAUGGCAGUUUCACAUGCUCUUGUAACACUGGGUACCAGCUAGUAUCAGGAAAGCAUUGCUCUGAUAUAAAUCAAUGUAAUUCUAAUAACGGAGGAUGUGAACAUACUUGUAUUAAUACAGUUGGUAGUUACUCCUGUCAGUGUAAUUCUGGCUAUAGUCUUAACAGUGAUAAUAGUAAUUGUGAUGAUAUCAAUGAGUGCAACACUAACAAUGGAGGGUGUCAGCAUGUUUGUCAGAAUACUGUUGGUAGCUAUAAAUGUUCCUGUAAUGCUGGAUACACUAUAAAUCUUGACAAUAAAACUUGCUCAUUUAAUUGUGAUGAUUCUUGUCAUCAUUGUAUCUCAUGUACCUCUCCUACUACAUGUUCCUGUAUCAGUGGAUGGAUGGGUGAUAACUGUUGUACAGAUAAAAAUGAGUGCUUGACAAAUAAAGGUGGGUGUGCUCAUCAGUGUCAUAAUUCAAUGGGAUCAUAUACAUGCACAUGCAACCAUGGAUAUCAGCUACAACCUAAUGGAAAGACUUGUAUUGAUAUAAAUGAGUGUUCAAAUGAUGAUGAUAAUGAUUGCAAUCAAUUAUGCAGUAACACCCCUGGGUCGUAUACAUGCUACUGUAAUACCGGCUAUGAAUUGCAAUCAGAUGGUGCCACUUGUGUUGAUACUAAUGAGUGUCACAACAACAAUGGAGGAUGCAAUCAAACCUGUACCAACAACAUUGGUAGUUAUACCUGCUCUUGCUCAGAUGGAUACACUGCUAGUGGACAUUCUUGUAAUGAUAUCAAUGAGUGUUCUUCUGCUAGUACUAAUGACUGUACACAUACCUGCUAUAAUACAAUUGGUAGUUAUGUGUGUGAUUGUAAUGUUGGCUAUGUACUUGAUACUGAUGGACUUACUUGUGUUGAUGAUAAUGAGUGUAAUAGAAACUAUGGAGGGUGUAGUCAAAGGUGUAUUAAUAAUGUUGGUAGUUAUAGCUGUGAGUGUUUUCAAGGAUAUAUUUUAGAUGAUGAUAGUCAUAAUUGUUCAGAUCACAAUGAAUGUGCUACAAAUACACAUGCUUGUGAUCAGCACUGUCAUAACUCAAACAGCUCCUACUACUGCACUUGUGACAAUGGAUACAGACUACAGCCAGAUGGAAGAACAUGUGAAGAUAUUGAUGAAUGUGCUGAGCACAGUUCAGGAUGUAACCAGUAUUGUAAUAAUACAGAUGGAGGUAGAAUAUGCUCAUGUUACAAUGGAUAUGAGCUUAGUAAUAAUAACAGAACAUGCAUAGAUAUCAAUGAGUGUCUUACUAAUAAUGGAGGCUGUGAAACUACUUGUACUAACACUCCUGGUAGCUACAGUUGUUCAUGCAACCCUGGAUAUGAACUUGACAAUGAUGUACAUCACUGCAAUGAAAUUGAUGAGUGUCUUCGUGGCACUGAUUUGUGUGAACACAAUUGUACUAACACUGCUGGUAGCUACAACUGCUCCUGUGUGGUUGGAUAUUACUUGGAGGCUAAUAAUCACAACUGUACAGAUAUAAUUGAGUGUAACACUGAUAAUGGUGGCUGCAAUCAAACAUGUGUCAAUGAGAUUGGAAGUUUCCAUUGUCUUUGUGAUUCUGGAUACACUCUUGAUGAUGAUGGACUAGGAUGCACUGAUAUCAAUGAGUGUCAGACUCCUAGUCAUGGUUGUGAUCAGCAGUGUAGUAAUACAAUAGGCUCUUACUACUGCUACUGCAAUAAUGGCUAUAGACUAAAUUCUACCAGUCAAAGAACAUGCUAUGAUAUUGAUGAGUGCUCUGAGGAUACAGAUGGCUGUGCUCACAGUUGUCAUAAUACAAUAGGCAGCUAUUAUUGUUCAUGUAAUACUGGCUAUUCUCUUGAAACUGAUCAGCAUGGUUGUGAAGAUGUCAAUGAAUGUUUGACAAACAAUGGAGGAUGCAAUCAGACCUGUAACAAUAGCAUUGGUAGUUACAGUUGCUCUUGUGAGAUAGGAUUUGAUCUACAUAAUGAUCAACAUGACUGCAAUGAUAUAAAUGAAUGCAGUAGCAAUGAUGAAAAUAAUUGUGAGCAAGAGUGCAUUAAUAACUAUGGUAGCUACACUUGUGAUUGUUUUACUGGCUAUCAAUUGGACAGUGAUAAAUAUAACUGCUCAGACAUCAAUGAAUGCAGUAUUGAGAAUGGAGGGUGUGAGCACUACUGUACUAACGAGAUAGGUUCAUAUCAUUGCUCCUGUGAGACAGGUUAUAUUUUGGCAACUAAUGGUCAUGAUUGUAAUGAUGUUGAUGAAUGUUUAAUGAAUUACGAUAGUUGUGAGCAAAACUGUCAUAACACAAAUGGCUCUUACUAUUGCUCCUGCAAUACAGGCUACAGGCUCAGCUCUGAUAACUUCACUUGUGAUGAUGUUCAUGAAUGUGAUGAAGGCAUAUCAGGCUGUGAACACAAUUGUACUAAUAGUAUUGGAAGUUACAAUUGCAGUUGUACCACUGGAUACUACCUUGAUUCUGAUAAUCAUUCUUGUAAAGAUGUCAAUGAAUGUGAAACAGCUAAUGGAGAUUGUGAACACAAUUGCAAUAAUGUCAUUGGUAGCUAUUACUGCACGUGUCGUGAAGGAUAUGACUUAGAUGAUGACCUUCAUGGAUGCACAGGUCAGCCUUGCUAUUUGAAUCUUACUGCUCCUGUUAAUGGCUCAAUGAUGUGUACUGGUGUCCCUGAUCAAGUUACUGAUGAGAACUGCACCUUCUUGUGUGAUUAUGGCUUUACGUUUUAUGGGUCCCCAUUGAGAACCUGUCUCUCUAAUCACAGCUGGACAGGAGAGGAGCCUUAUUGUGUCAUUAAACACUGUCCCCGUCUCUCUCCUCCUCCUAACGCUUACAUUACAACUAAACCAUGUGACAAGGAAUACACAACAGACUGUGAAAUAAGAUGUGUGGACGGUUAUUAUAUUAAUGGACGAACACCAUUUUAUCAGACCUGUACUGUAGAUAAUACCACUAAUGAGGUAUUCUGGACUAGACCACCAAUUUGUGAGAUCAUUCCAUCUUGUGCUUCAAAUCCUUGCCUUCAUGGUGGAAAGUGUCAUGAUAGAAAUGUAGGCAGUUUUGCAUGUGACUGCUCAUUGACUAAUUACAAAGGAAGCACUUGUGAAGUUGGAAUUCUAGAGACGCCAGCUAUACCAAUACUAGUUGUUGAUCAACCGUCACAAUUUUUGACUUUAACAGCUCAUCCUGAGACUGACUUAAGAGUAGACAUAAUAUCUAGCAGUAGUCAGCUUGAAGUCCUCUCAAAUACUUCAUUUUAUUUAUACAAUGUACUUCCAAGAUCUUAUUUCAAAUUGAUUGCAUAUGAGGAAGGCAUAUACACAAUCAGUUAUAAUGUAUCAGGAACUGAUGCUGACUCGUUUGAGACUCCACCACCAGUAAGAGUCAUAGCAGUGAACAAUACUGAUGAUAUCAGUAGAGUAGGAGAAUCAAGCAACAGCAGUGACUAUGGAAUUCCGGAUAUGCUUACUCCUGGUUGCUGUACUCCAUAUGGUCUCACAUAUCAGUGUCCCUAUUCAACAAACACUGUCAGGUUUACUUCAACUUGCUCAUGGAGUUUUGAGUCUAGCGGAAACCAAGUAACUGAUGGUGUUACGUUUGUUUCAGCUCAUGGAUUGACAGUGCCAGUAUCAAUAGCUGGUGCUGAAUUGAUUCAAAUAAUUUCUGAUGGUAUUACAAAUACGCUACCACAGACUGAGCACUCUUGUAAUGAGUGUCCGAGCACUAAUAAUUCCGAUUGCUCAAACUAUAACUUUGAUCCAAAUGAUUUUCUCAUUUUAUUAUCUCGAAGACUAUUGGGAGCCUCAUACUUGAAUUAUACCGAUCAACUGCUACCCUCCUGGCUUACUCUCCGCUUAUUACCACAAUGGCUAACUGAGAACUCUACUUUUUCUUUCAAAGACUACUCUACCUACUUGAGAACAGGAGACAGAACCAGUGACAUCGAGAGCUGUCAGAAUUUGAAACUUGGCUCCGACAGACUUUACUCUAUUAUUAUCUACAACAAUCCCAUUUCAGUUGAACUGGUUGACAAGCUGCACACAUACACACCACAACAAAAUGAGUCAAUAUGCAUUGCUAUUGAUCUCUGCAGUGAUAGGGAUUCCCCUGUACACAUAACACUUCCACCAAGUAUCCGAGGUAUCAUAAAUAGCUUCAGUCAAAUUCAGGAGUUUGUUCAUGAAGGUUGGGAGUUGUCAUACGAAGAGGCUGUAGUCUCCAGGAAUGGCAUUGGUGCUGAUGAAAUAAAUGCAACAUUCCCAGAGUCAUACUGGAAUGGUAGUAGAUACAUUGACACUGCUGAUGUUCUGCCUUCCUUUGAUGUUCAACUGAAGAUGAAUGCCUACAAAAACUUUAAUGAGUCUAACAUAUUUUGGGCAGCUCUUAAUGUCACAGGUGACAUUUAUUAUCAGACACAAGUCACUAAGAAUAAAGUUGAAGGAGUGAUUGAUGGCAGGGUAAGUCUUACUCUAAAUAUGAGUUUUAGCAAUAUGACUGGAGAAAUGGUUCUAACAACCAGAGACAAUCCUACCAUUUUUUCUCUUAUUAAUACUGGAGACAAUAGUAUUCUUAAAGGCAUAUCAAUGAAACUGGACUAUUCAGCUGGAAGGAAAGAUGAAUUAUUUUCAAAAGUCUUUCAGUGCGUAAAUCGAGCUUGUCCUUUUGAUGUCUUUGUUCAGUUACCUGACCUAAAGAUUAUAGAUUACAUUUAUCUUCGCACAAACCAAAUUACCCUUUCAAUUGACAGCUAUAGGUUUGAAAAGGGAGCACUGGACAAUGCGAUCACAAUCAACUCCUCCUCAGAGGAUCCUCUAUUGACAGGAGCUCAACUUCUCAUAGAGUCCAAUCUAACUGGUAGUCAGCUUAUUCUUAAUCCAUUUAUCUCACUCAGGCAGCCUGAAACAGGAUCAGCUCUCAGUGCUGGGUAUUGGAAAAAUGGCUCUUUUCUAGCAAAACUUCCAAGAGUGGCUUUCUCAAUAUUAGAUACCCUCUUCACUACUCCAGUUUCUAUUGACAGUGAUAACGGCCUCAUAUUUCAUGAUGAUGACAUUAGCAUUCUCUCAUCAUAUAAAGCUGGCAUUACAGGUAGAAGCUAUCGACAAAACAAUUGGGAUGAUAUUUCUCUGAUUAUUAAUGGUAACUUUAAGACUGGCCCAGAUGGUUCAUUUGUUAGUGACUUGGAGACGUAUGUUCAUGACUAUGCCAACACUAAAGUGCAAGAUGCACGAGAAAGAGUAUUGAAUGCACAAUUAGCAGUAGAACGUACCAAAUCAUUAAUAAUGAAAUACAACUGUACUUUAGCCAGUAAACAAGCUAACCUCACCAUUCUUAAUGGUCUGUACACUAAAGCAUUAAAUAAAGUGACCCAAUUUGCUGAAGGCAUCAAUCAAGCACAAAACUUAAUCAGUAGUGCUAACUCAUCACAAUUGGCAGUACUGCAAAAACUACAAUCAAUUUGUACUGAUUUGCCCUGUCCAGAGAUGUGCCUACCAACUGUAACAUGUGAGUCAUGUGACAAUCAGCUAUCAAUAGACAACUGGGGAAUAGUAAACAGCAUUCAGUUGGAGGAACUCCUCCAAUACCAGAAAGGCCUAGUGACUGAGGAGAAAUGGAACAUACAGCGUCUUUGUCGUAUUAUCACAAAAAUACGAUCCUGGGCCGUGGUGAGUUUUGGACAAAUCUGUAGCUACAAGACUGUUUUCAGCAAUGUAACUCACGAGGCUGGCGUCACUUAUACUGAAAGAGUUAAUGUAUCACAAAUACAAGCAGCUAUAGUGGAUACGUUAGAGUAUAUUGCUAAUGAGUUUUGCUGUCAGAAUGAGAUAUGUGGGGCCCAAACCUUGAAUUAUUCAUGUGCAGUAUCUAAUGCAGGGUGUCGUAUAGCUCAAACUGCAGCAUUAAAUACAAUGACUGAUGCACAGCAAGAACUAGUGACCCCAUUACUUCAAUUACCGCAGGCCAAAAUAAAUCAUUCUAUUGCUCAAGUUGAAUCAACUGUGAUAGCAGCACAAAUAAAUGCGACUCAGGUUGCUAUUGAACAAACACAAAAAAUGUUACAAAAUCUUCUUAGCCAAUACCAACAAGAACUGGACAACUUGCAAUCCAUUCAAGAAGAUCAACGACUGAUACUAACAAUUUGGGAGAACUUAAAUACGAGCACAAUCCAACAACUACUAAGAGUCAAUGGGGUAUCAUUCACAGCUAAUAUCAGUGAUGAACCCACUUCAACAUUAAUAAAUGUCAACAUCACUUGUAGCAUACCUGUCACUGAUACUACUCUGACAAUAACCGAUACCAUUGACUUGACAGCUGGGCUACCAUUAAUAAAGCGUGAUCUAGCUAACAGGAUUCUUAAUAGGUUAGGGGUACAACUUGAGAAUGGUGCUAAUAAAAGGAAGCGAUCCAUUCUCAUUCCUUCCUUUAACAAGCAGCAAUUUGAGACUAAAUGUGCAUCACUCAAUGAUGUGAAAGGAUUCUUAACACAGCUCAAUCAAUCUUUGGAGUAUGCACUUGGAAAAGCCCAAGAAAUAAAGUCAAAUUUAAGUAAUGCUGCUGCAUCAAUUCCCUCAACUCUAUCUGUAAAUGCCUUCAAUUUCUCUCACAUAAAUUUCAGUUAUUUGCAGAGUGAAUUCCAGAUUGCAAUAGAACAGGAUAGUUUGCUCACAGAAGCAACAACAGAUCCAUCGAUAGUCAAUCUCACGUCAGCUAUUACUGAUUUACGUCGAUCUAUUCUAUUGCAAAGUUUAGAAAUUGAUAGCACACACUUUAUAUCAUGGCAGACCAGUAUGGCCAGCCUUUACAAGGAAGGUAUUACGAGGAUAGCUAACACAUCUUGCUAUGGCUUUACUGAUUGUCUCACAGUACUAACAAAUGUAUUAAGAGACCUUAUAUCAGAUGCUCCAUCAGACAUAAUUGAUCAUAAUUUAAUGUCUUCGUUAUUGGCUGCCAAACAAGCUCUACUCCAAUUGAGUCUCUUCACAAAUGCAUCACUCACAGAAGCAGCCUCUCUUGAUAAUGGAGUCAAUGAUAUUGUGCAUCAUAUAGAGAAUGCACAGUAUUGGUGUAGCAGACUACCAAUAAUAACAGAGCAUCCACAGAGCACGGUACAUGUUGUGAUGAAUGAUACACUAACUCUUGAGUGUGCUGCUCAAUCAAUUCAACCUAUGAGGUAUCGCUGGAAGAAGGAUGGGUUCACACUGCAGAUUUCCUCUUUUCCGACGUUGACGAUUGAUGAAACAACAUUAUUGGAUGAGGGACAAUACCAGUGCACUGUUAUGAAUAACAUUGGAACAGUCGGCUCGCAUUUAGCUAAUGUUUACAUAAUUGUUCCUCCUACUAUUGUGCUCUCUCCCUCUGACACCAUGACAUUUGAAGGCUCUGAUAAUGGAGGAUGGUUUGCAUGCAAUGCCAGUGGGCACCCUACACCAGGAUACCAAUGGUUUUAUUCAUUAGAUAAGUCCAACUGGACUCUAGUUGAAGAUAGUGCAAGUAAUGAACUGGUUGUAUUUAAGCCUACUCUUAUUCAGGAAGGCUGGUAUCGGUGUCGUGCUUUUAUUGGAGAUUAUGUCGAUUAUUCUGAGCCAGCAUUUUUGAUAGUUCGCAGAGCAAGUUUCAGCACUAUUAACUUUCCCAUUGAGUUCCUAAUGGUUCUUCUUAACAGAAAUCCUUCAGUACCUACUAAUAACACUGACAGAAUAAAGCAUAUGUUAUACAAUAAGCUAAGGAAUCACACUCUAACACAUGAUGAUCAAAUUGAAAUCAAAAAUUUUGAACUUUUGUAUAGUCACAGUAACUCAAGAGUCACAGUUGAUACUGGAUUCUACUUUGAGUUUGAUUAUUCUAUUUACAUACUUAUAUCUGAUCAAGCUGAUCUUGCAUUGCCUCAUAUGCUCAACCUCAUUCAGAGCACAUUAACACUUGAAGGAAAAAUGGGAGACAUUUACUUUGAUAUCAGUGAUAUAUCAUACAUCUCACUGAAGCAGUCUCUAUUGAUUGGUAAUUUACAGUAUCUUUGCCCUGCUGGUCAAGGCGUAACCGAUGGGAACUUUAUAUGCAUUGAUUGUUCUACCGGAAUGUACUCAGAUUUCACUGACAUAGCUACGCAGUGUGUUCCAUGUAAGAAAGGAUCAUAUGGUGUUGAUAUUGGUCAGAGUCAAUGCACAUCCUGUCCAGCUGGUUAUAGUACUCUUAAUGUUGGGUCCACAUCAGAAGAAGAGUGCUUAAAGUUGUGUUUACCUGGUCAGAAUUCUACUACUGGGACAGUUCCAUGCCUCUCUUGUCCACCUUUCACAUAUGCACUCAGUGAAGGAUCGAUAUUGUGCACAGAGUGUGAUGAGAGUGCAAUUACAAAAGGAAUUCCUGAGUGUCAAAUUCCAUUUAUGACUUCAUCGGUUAUAGAUGAGCCCGAUACAACUGAGACUCCAACAUUGGAUUCAGAAGAAGGAACAUCUAAUGAUGGAAUCAUUGCACUUUUUAUAAUUGUUUUCUCAUUAAUUGGACUGACUGCUAUUUCACUAAUAGCUAUUAUAACCACUGUUGUUCUUUACCGAAAGAAGAAGAGACCAGGAGUAGUCAUACAACGUUCAAAACCUAGGAGAAUGAAAGAACCAGGAAUAAGUUUUGUGUCUAAUCCACUGUUUCAACAACAAAAUCGACGCGAGUCGAAUAAUUUUACAGACAAUGGAAGUGUGUCGGCAGAAAGUGAUAUUGUAAGAGUCAAUCCAUUGUAUCAAGGGUUUCAUGCAGAAGAAGAAGAUGAUGAGUGUGAUACCAUUAAUAGCUAUUCACAAGUUGGUCAGUUCUUUCCUGCUCAUCCAACUUUGGAUCAAAUCUAUGAUGAAAUUGAGCCUGUCAAGUUCCAUCAGCAUUUUGAGGGACAUGAUGAUGAUGAUGAAGAUGACUUCGAUGAUUUAAUGGAAAAAUUUUAAAUCUGCAUUUAUUUAUAUUUAUUUAUACUGCUAUAAAUGUAAAGUUGUGCUAUGUUAAAAAAUAAUGUUAUAUUUUUAGAAAUAUUAUAAAAAACUUGAGCUGCAAACACAA